AAAAGGCAGAACUCUCUUCCUCAGAGCUAGAGUUAUUCAGCAGCGAAAGUGAUAAGAGCUUUCAAAGCAGAGAGAAGAAAAGUAGCGAAGAACUUGUCAAACAUUAGAAGAUCAGAAAACCUCAGUUGUUGAGUUUGAUUGUUUUCUAAAAAUGAAGAUGACAAGCAGCAAAAUCCCCAUCAGCUCUCUACUGGUUCUCCUGGCCUUGCUGUCCAUCACUGAAGGAAAAAGUCUGCGGGGGUUGGGGAUGGAACUACGCUGCCGCUGCAUCGAGACAGAAAGCCAGAUUCAGAUUCGGCCUCACAUCAGGAAGGUGGAGAUCAUUCCGGCCAAUUCUCACUGUGAAGAAUCUGAGAUCAUUGCCACCCUGAGAGGGACGGGCCUAGAGGUCUGUCUGGAUCCUGAAGCUCAAUGGGUCAAGAAAGUUAUUGAGAGGAUGAUGUCAAGCAGAAGAAGUUGAAAAUCUCCAAACAGAAUUGUUCAAUGCUGGGCUGUUGGCGAGCACCAUCAGAAGUAUUAUUACCACGAGGAGACAAGAGGGGUAUUCCAUCAACCAAGCUGAAGGCGAAGCCGGGCUUAUUUCCUUUAGCCUCGCUAUUCUCAGCUAGAGCUGCGUUCCAUUAACGUGACUUAAAGGAAUCUCCGCUAAGUAACCAUGGCAACUUAUCCGACCACCCUGGUCAGUAGCAGACUAACUGUCAGGCUCAGGCCUACUUGAUCGGAGUUUCAGAAAAGUCUCAUCUCUCGGCAACAAGUGCACCAUCAGAAGGUUCCGCCAAGCCUAGUCCUCACGAUUUUGUCAUAAAUGUACAUAUAUGAAGGAGCCUACUACAACAGCGUAUAUUUUCCCUCAGGGUCUAAGAUGAAAUGAUGCAAAUAAAAUCAUUUUAUUAAUUGCUA